GUGCGGUUAUAAUAAUGUGUGCUCUAUAUUUUGACAUUACUUGUCCGAUCGAAUAAUUCUCUGGCAAUUUCUCAUUAUUUAAUUAAAUCCAUUCUUACUUUGCACGCAGCUUGAAUAAAUCAAACAGACGGCGUCAACCACUGAUGAAAGUUUGUUGAGCUGACAUUUGAAACGGCGCGGACAGCGACUAGUAAUAUUUGAUGGCUUAUGAAGCGCGAGGGGGCGAGACUUCCGUACGAGGCACGACAACGAAUGCAACCAUGGACCAACGAGCUAAGAACGAUGUCUAUGACUUGAUCAAACCGAUGCUCGAGAAUACUGGAGCACAUGGCAUCCCGAACAUCGUCCGUGCCGAGAACCUCCCGCGGCGUCUCGUCUGGUCCCUGCUCUUCCUGGUCGCUUUCGGCUUCUUCAUCGGACUCAGCGGAAACCUUAUCCGUAAAUAUUACAACUUCGAUUACAAUGUCAACGUCGAAGUCAUUUUCGAGCCCACGAUCAACUUCCCUGCCGUCACCGUGUGCAACAUGAAUCCAUAUCGACAGUCGAGUGUUGUCAACGUCUCUCUCGAGCUGACAGAAAUCUUGGGAUUGGAGAGCGACAUCCCAUUGUCGAAGUGGAAUUCUUCAACGAACGCAUUGUAUGGAGACUGGGAGAAUCUCGAAUUCUCUUCAUUAGAUGCUUUUACGGAGAUCCUCAAAUCGGCAACCCAAACGGUCGGUAAUAUGUCUUACGAACAGCGGUUUAACAUCGGUCAUGAGCUCGAUGAUAUGUUACUCAGUUGCACGUUCCAUGGUUCACCUUGUGCGCCUGCGAAUUUUACUUGGUUCUUUAACUACCUUUAUGGAAAUUGUUACACCUUCAACUCAGGGGUCGCCGGCCUACCAUUACGGUCAAAUGAAAUAGGACCCAUAUAUGGGCUUGCAUUAGAGCUUUUCAUAGACCAAGAGGAGUACAUCUCCACCCUCCAACCGUCAGCUGGAAUUAGACUCCUCAUCCAUGAUCAGAAUGAGAUGCCCUUCCCCGAGGAUUCGGGCUCUACCCUGGCCCCAGGAAGAGCAACAUCAAUUGGAAUGACAAAGAUUUCAGUACACCAGCUAGGAUAUCCUUACACGACGUGUACCGACGAUUUUCGAGUAGACAAUAUAUUCCGAGAAAGGUUUCCACAUAUAAUAUACUCAGUUCCGGCGUGUGAAAAGAAUUGCCUCUUUAAUCAUAUUAGAAAUGAAUGCGGUUGUGCUGAUGCCCGCUAUAGAUUCAAUGAAUCAAUACCAGCCUGUAAUAUUUUCCCCGCCCAGAAAAACCAAGAAAAGGAAUGUUUUAAAAGGGCAACAGAGCAGUAUAUCAACCGAGAAAUUAUUUGUGAUUGCAGGACGCCUUGUCGUAAAAAUUUCUACAAGGAAACAAUAUCAGAAGCAAUCUGGCCGAAUGAUCAGCAUCGGCCGACAGUACUGGAAGGGAUAAAACAGCUCUCAGAUCAUCUUCGAGACAGGAUUGAAAAUAAUACCCAGUUUAUAGAUACCAAUGUUGUCAAAGUUAUUGUCUAUUUUUCAAGCUUGGAAUACGAAAAUUUCUACCAGACGCCAGAAUAUACCGUUUAUGAUCUCAUCAGUGCACUAGGAGGUCAAGUAGGUUUAUGGAUCGGAGUAUCCGUCCUAACCGUCUUCGAGUUCAUUGAACUCCUCUACGACAUCUUCAAAUAUGGCUGCUCAAAACUGACUAAACUAGGAAAGAGGACGGUAUUUGCAGAAGAUACAAUCGAAAUGGGACCGAGUAGAACAUGAUGUGCAUGAAUGCUGGCAUGACGUGUGCUACACCAUUAUUCUUUGUGCACAUAAAGUCAUCUGUAACAACUGGCGGCAUCCUACCUAAUAUGUUCUUAAGCUGUUCCUCAAUACAGGACAGCUCAACAACCUGACUGACAUGACUGAGCCAAGAUUCUACCAAGGUUUUCAGAAUGUCAUUGAUAAAAGUUACCUCAACUGCCCUGUUUUGGCAUGUUUCGAUGAAGAAAUGACACCAACAUGGCUCGGCAGCCCAUUGGAUGUAACAAAGAAUCUUGGGAAGAUUGCUGAAGUACUUGCACAU